AAAAGUAGAAACGAGGGAGAGCGAACCCACAGAGAAACAGGUUAAAAUAAUUUUCAUUACUUUUUUUUUCUCCCACUUCAGCUCUCCGUCAGCACGGGAGGAGGCUGUGGGCUGCAGACUCAGUGUUGGAAUGAGGAGUAAUUGAGCUUGAGCACAGACUGAGGUAGCGUCUCCUCCUCUCGGUGUCAUUGCUGCAGCCUCCGAGUCCCAGGGUGCAAAAUCGUUUGCAAAGACAGCGAAUGCGCCGCAGAAGUUGCCCAGCGUAGGACUCCGGAGGCAUUGGCUCGAUAACUUUUCACGUCAUUUUCUGCUCUGGAGCCCCUUCUCGCCUCUCCUCGCAGCCUUUCCCACCGCGACUCACCAGUGCUCAUGGGGAAAGGGAAGAGCAGCUUGCAGCACUGAGCCGACUGGACUCUAGCCCGUGAUGUCCGGCACAGAUUUGGAGGACUCACCUCCUUGUUGCAACUUGUCAUCUGCUUCGGAGCUGAAUGAAACUCAAGAGCCCUCUUUGAACCCCACCGAGUACGAUGAAGACGAGGAAUUCCUGCAGUACCUGUGGAAGGACUACCUACACCCGAAAGAUUAUGAGUGGGUCCUGAUCGCUGGGUACAUCAUCGUGUUCGUGGUGGCUCUCAUUGGGAACGUCCUGGUUUGUGUGGCAGUGUGGAAGAACCACCACAUGAGGACGGUAACCAACUACUUCAUAGUCAACCUUUCUCUGGCCGACGUGCUCGUGACCAUUACCUGCCUUCCAGCCACACUGGUUGUGGACAUCACCGAGACCUGGUUCUUUGGACAGUCCCUCUGUAAAGUGAUUCCUUAUUUACAGACCGUCUCAGUGUCCGUGUCUGUCCUUACACUGAGCUGCAUCGCCUUGGAUCGAUGGUACGCCAUUUGUCACCCUUUGAUGUUUAAGAGCACAGCCAAGCGGGCCCGAAACAGCAUUGUCAUCAUCUGGAUUGUCUCUUGCAUUAUAAUGAUUCCUCAGGCCAUCGUCAUGGAGUGCAGUGCCACAUUCCCCUCCAUAGCCAAUAAAACCAUCCUCUUCACCGUGUGCGAUGAACAAUGGGGAGGUGAAAUUUACCCCAAGUUGUAUCACAUUUGCUUCUUUCUGGUGACAUACAUGGCCCCCCUGUGUCUUAUGGUGUUGGCCUAUCUGCAAAUAUUUCGUAAACUCUGGUGCCGACAGAUCCCUGGAACAUCUUCUGUAGUUCAGAGAAAAUGGGAGCCUCUGCAGCCUGUUCCACAGCCUCGAGGGCCAGGACAGCAGACCAAGUCCAGGAUUAGCGCUGUGGCUGCUGAAAUAAAGCAGAUCCGAGCCAGACGAAAAACAGCCCGGAUGCUGAUGGUUGUGCUUUUGGUGUUUGCAAUUUGCUAUCUACCAAUUAGCAUCUUGAAUGUGCUAAAGAGAGUAUUUGGAAUGUUUACCCAUACGGAAGACAGGGAGACUGUAUAUGCCUGGUUUACAUUUUCACACUGGCUUGUAUAUGCCAAUAGUGCUGCGAACCCAAUUAUUUAUAAUUUUCUCAGUGGAAAAUUUCGAGAGGAAUUUAAAGCUGCAUUUUCUUGCUGUUGCCUUGGAGUGCACCAUCGCCAGGAGGAUCGGCUCGCCAGGGGGCGCACGAGCACAGAGAGCAGAAAGUCUCUGACCACCCAGAUCAGCAACUUGGAUAACAUAUCCAAACUCUCGGAGCAAGUCGUACUCACCAGUAUAAGCACACUCCCAGCAGCCAAUGGAGCGGGGCUGCUUCAAAACUGGUAGAAUAUUUAUUCAUAUGACAAGGAUACCUGAGUAAAACUAUUCUUUUUUUUUUUAAUCUCUGUACACAGAAAUUUUAUUAUCUGAACGAUCUGAAGCUAAAAUUACUUUGUGGACCCAUUUUUUGAAAAAGAAAAACCUACUGCUCUUUGGAAAUAAAAGUCAGUUUAAACUAA